ACCUUUUACAUCGAAUAAAACAAGGCGUAUAGCCUGAGAUCCUACACUGAAAACGACCUUCCCGAUACGCCCGGUGAUUCAACUGCACAGCCAUUUCAGAGCACAAACAAUGGCGCUACCAUUCAUCCCAGGAUACUCGGAAAUCGGAAAGAAGAUGCAUUCCCUCAAGCCCGGAUACCAUCUGCCUCACCGGUUUGAUUUCAAGUUGGAUCAGAGGUUUUACAUUGAUCAGGAGAUCGCCAGCCGGGACCUGCCGCGGCCUGGCUGGACCAAGCGCAUCCCGCGUCACAGCUUCUAUCCUCGCACGGCCGGGCCUGGCCUGCCCGCCUGGGUCGCCUUCGACAAACAGGUGCUGCGCUUCCGCGGCUACUACAUCGACCGCGUGCAGAACUCGCAGGUCGAACGAAGCCGCGUGCGCACCGUCAAGAUCCACUUCUACCUGGAGGACGACACCAUCGAGGUGAUCGAGUCCAAGUGGAAGAACAGCCAGCUGCCGCAGGGCACGCUGCUGCACCGCCACCGGGUGCCGCUGCCGGAGCCGGACGACUUCGAGUUCUACACGAUCGAGCACCUGAACGUGGGCCGCGACCUGGUGCUGUACGGCACCACCUACCACGUCACCUCGUGCGACCAGUUCACGCGCAACUUCCUCGCCAAGCUGGGUGUGCGUGUCAACCCGGACACGUGCAUUCCCAGCGAUGCCUACAUGGAGACGAGGAACGACCAUGAGCGCUCCAUGCGACCGCUGAAGCCGUACAAGAAGGUGGACACGCUCGGUCAGUUCCUGCACUACGACGGCAAGGUGCUGCGCUUCUGGGGCUACUGGGACGACCGGGAGGUGCAGCACGGCGACCUGCGCGACAUCGUGCUGCUCUACUACCUGGCCGACGACACGAUCGAGGUCAAGGAGCUGGUGCCGCCCAACGCCGGCCGCUACAAGGCGCCCAGUCUGUUGCGCCGCGCCCGCCUGCCGAAGCAACUGAAGGCACUGCCCCGUCCGGGAGUCGAGUGUCCGAGGACUGUGCUCAACACGUUCGGCGACAUCUACGGCAAGGGCAUGGGCCGCCUCUUCAUCUACGACAACCUCAACAACAACUACCACCCGUCCGACUUUUAUCAUGACUCGGAGCUGUGCAUCGGUGCCCACGUGAACGUCUGGGGCCGGGAAAUGGUGCUGACCGACUGCGACCCGUUCACCCGCGACUACUACAGGAUCAAGUACCAGAAAGAGCUGGGCGAGGGUCGGCCGUACCGGCCGCCGCCCAAGCCGGACCCGCCGCGCCAGGUGCCGCCCUAUCUUGGCUUCGGCAGCGAGGAGGACACGCUCACCUCCGUCUUCAACCUCAUACCGCAGGCGCCCAAGAAGGACUUCAACAAGUUCAUGGUCAACGACAGGAACGGCCUAGACGGCCAUGUGCUGCGCUUCUCGGCUCAGAUGGUGACCACCAGCAAGAUCGACGCCACCAGGAAGUUCAUCCUGUGCUUCUUCCUCAGCGACGACACCCUCUCCAUAUACGAGGUGCCCAUACCCAACAGCGGGAUCGCCGGAGGCCAGUUCCUGGAGCGGGGCCCGGUGCGGCGCGACCCGGAGUGCCGCCGCGCCUGUCCGAUCCUGCCCGACUGCUACGUCUCCGAGGACCUGUUCGUCGGCGCCCAGCUCACCAUUAACAAGUUCAAGUUCCGGCUAGUGGCCGCCGACGAGUACACGCUGCGCUACACAGACAAGCGGCCAGCGCAGUACGAGAAGGCGAACCCGGACCAGAUCAUCCGCAAGCUGCGCGAGCACAUACCGAGGGACGCGCAGCGCCAGAUGCACAAGGACUUCAACGGCGGCUACCGCAUUCGCGACCACGUCUGCAGCUAUGACGAGAUGGUCUCGCUGCUCAAGAAAUACGCAGGUGACGUACUCUCUGAGCAUGAGCUGAUCACACUGGGACGGCACUUCUGCGCCGAUGAGAGCAAGACCGAGUACGCCUCCACCGAGGAGCUGGUGGGAUACGUGCAGAAGCUGCUCAAGCAACACAAGCUGGGAGCCGACUGCAUCUCGCGCAUCGAGGACGGCCUGAUGCACCACGACCCGUACCGCAGCGGCGACGUGCCCGGCUACCAGAUCACGAACGUGCUGCGUCAGGAGCAGGUGCCGCUGCCCACAGACGUGGUGCACAAGAUCAUCGAGUGCCUGCCGCGUACGCAGAAAGGUACCGUGAAUUACUGCGAGUUCCUGAAGCUGCUGAACUGGGAGAAGAAUCCGGUUUGGAUGCCAGAGAAGACACCGCGGUUGCGACAGCCCUGGGAGCAGUGGGACUUCCCAAAGCCGGUCAAGUCGGUCAACUACACGUCCCUGCUGAACGAGUUCGCGCCCAAGGAGCAGGCGCCGGGCGGACCGUGCGGCACGCCCAUGCCGGAGGCCAGCUGCGCACCGCUGACGGGCGCACCGGUGGAGCUGGCCGCCCACCCCACGCCGGACAUGAUCCAGCGCAUCCCGCCGGACCCGCUGCCGCUCUCCUACUGCGACAGCGGCCAGCCGCCGCCGCCGCCGCCCACCGAGCCAUGCGAGUGAGGCGCCGCCCCCGUGCCGGCUCCAGUCCCUGUCCCCUUCCCCGCCGGGCGAGCGGGGCGGUCCCAGUGUGGGGCGCUCCGGGUCGGCUCCAGACGGGUAGAAUGUGGUGUCCCGUGGAAUUUUCAGUGCGAUCUAGUGGAUUGGGCCCUGUGCCCAAUCCCCCUUAAUCUCUCCUCUGCACCGCUAGGGCCGGUGGCUCAGGUCCGGUGCUGAUGCGUUUUCGUCGUGAGCAAAAUCGUGUCGUCGAUUAGUGCAGUGAAAUGCUUGUGAUUGGUGAAGCGAC